CAGAAUGCAUUUUGUUUGAUAUAAAUAAGGAAUAUGAAAGUUAACACUAUUUCGAUACAUUAAAAAAAAACGAAGGAUUUACCAAACCGAAUUACAGUAAAUGAAACAAUCGAUUACAGUUGAGGUAAAAGCAGCCAAAGUUAUUCUAAGCGAGUAUCUGAUAUCGCAGCAUCAUGCGUUGUUAAAGCAGAAUGAGAGGCAGUAUUUCUACAAAAAGCCGCGUUUCUAUGGAUAUAUAUAUAGAUAUAUAGUGUUACGUCAUUAAAUUAAUUUCUGUUUGAGCAAAUACCAGACCGUGGAGCAGCUAUUUUAUCAAUGAAGUUGCCAUGAAACAACUAGAAAUCUUAUAAUGACACCACUAACCAACCUUAAUGUGACAUCACCGUGCAAUAGCACCAAUGGAAAGUGCUUAAAGGAAGUCACGGAAAAUACCGAAGUUUGGCGAACACUUAUGGCGGUGUAUCUUGGCGCCAUUUUGUUUGUGUCGCUGGCAUUCAACGGAACCCUGUGUCUGAUGUUCUACAAAAAAUCGCAUCUACUGAGUGUUUCUAACUGCUUUGUGUUGAACUUAAUUUGUUGUCAGCUUUUAAUGUCCUUGAUGGUUCUCCCGUUCAGUCUGUUUGCGGUUGUUUCGCAGGACUGGAUUUAUACCGGACACUGGUGUGAGGUACAGGGUUUCUUCUUCACGUCGGCGAUAGUUGCUCAGCAAUUAGCCUUACUGGUAAUCUCCAUCGACCGGAACUACGCCAUUAUGUACUCUUUGCGUUAUCCAAAUGUUUUCACUCAGACGCUUUGUUCAAUUAUGAUCGCGGUCUCAUGGACGUUCGCUAUUAUCAUCAGUAUUCCGCCAUUACUUAGUUCUGGUAUGGGAAACUAUGUUUUUCACCAAAGCCAGUUUCUUUGCGGCCUUGACUGGGCAACAGAUGCAAAUUACUUAAUCGUGUUUAGCAUAAUAGCGUUUGCAUUGCCAGUUUUUAUUCAAUGUUUCUGUUACAUUAAGAUCUUUAUUGCCGCUGUUGGACAUUCAAAAAGAAGUUCUAAAGUCGCACCAUGGACUAGCCGUCCGUCUCGUAAUAUAAAUGAACUGAGAAGUGACUCUAGCACGUGUAGUAGUGAUAUGUCUGAAGAGGUGUCCCGGAGUUCCGUAGAAUGUAAGGCUGUAAAGACAAUUUUUAUUAUUGCGUUGGCCUAUAGUGUUAGUUGGUUACCAUAUUUUGUGGAUUCAUUUCUUACCUUGAGGAAAGAGAACAUUAACCCAAACUAUAGUGCUGCAGCAAUAUGCUGCCUAUUUUCGAGUAGCAUUUUAAAUCCGAUGAUUUAUGCUUACAUGAAUCGUGUAACACGCCGCGAGAUCGGCAGAUUUGUUUGUGGAAACUCGGGAAUGUCGGAUUCAGACGAAGCUGGAUCUACAAGUAUGAGCGCUUAUUCGUCUGCUUGGGCCCUUAACCGGAUACGGUCAAAAAGUAACGGUGCAACACCAAACGAAAUGCACACAAUCACGGAAGAAGCGGAAGUAGACGAAAGCGUCUUUUGUGAACCUCUUUCUCGUGAAAAUGGUCUAAAAAUAACAAAUUGUGAAUCUAACGCGGCGUUUAAAUCACCAAACAAAGAACAUAUACGACACAAAGAGCAAGUAGCUUUACGAGGAAAGAAAUGUGCCAUUGAAAGCGAAGAGAAGCUUGCAGCAAAGUUAGACGUUCCCGAUAUUUCAGUAACGGAAGCCUCGGGUAGUGAUUUAGACACACAAGUAAAAGAACCCAGAGAAUCAUCUUGGAAAAUUGUUAAGUCAGAGCUGAAUAAAUCAUCAAAAUCGAAUGAAUCGUAUUUUGCUAAAGGCAAAAGGCGAAGGAAAAGAGAUUAUGGUUCAUUUUUAUAUUUUGAAAAUAAUAAAGACCAGCCAGAAUACAGAAGAUCUAAGGCCAGAGAAAGGAGAAGGCCUCAAAGAUUCUCUGUUGAUCAUGUUCAAAGUAUAUCUAUUGGAAAAUUUCCAAGUUAUAUGAAGUUUCGAUUGUCUUUAAAUAAAUCUGAACUACACAACGUAAACAAAGUUCUGGUUAAGUCAAACUUUGAAUUUGAAAACAAUGAUAUUGAUGGAGAUGAAAGAGAAGAUCUCACGUCAACUAUGAAAGAUCCUUCAGGAAGAAAGGAAUCUACUAUACCUAUCACAACUGCACUUCAAUUACCAAAUGGUUCAAAUGGUUUGUCAUCCAAAACCGGAAGUGCAGUGACUGCAGAAACAUGCUCAUCACAAAUUCAACUACAUAAAACUCAGGCAACCCAACACCGGCCGAGUUCUGCCCCAGCAAUAUUACUGAACAGAAAGGUUUCUCGAGAUUGUCUGUCUAUAGGGUACAGAGAAUCGAGCACGGUACAAGGUUCAGCAAACGAACAAGAAACUAACGAAUCACAUGCCGAUUUGAAAGCUCUCAAAAUUCUAAAAGUCUGGCGAGAUAAAUAAUGAAGAUGGCGUCACGCUUACUCUCCUCCGCGUGACUUAGUUUCUAAUAAGAUCCUCAGUAGAAAACUUCGUUUAUUUAUUUUAUCUCAAAAGAAAUUGUUUGGCAAUUAUGAUAUAUUCUGUCAUAAGGUUUGUUUAAAUUUCUGUAAAUGCUAAAAAAAGUUGACAGUGCUACCAUACUGUCAAGAAUAGAUCCAUAAUGAAAUAAGAAUAGAAACUGGCUUACAAAAAAAACAUGAACAUGCGACGUUAACUGGAGAUUUUGAGGAUUUGUUUCUUUCCGCCAUUAUCUAGCCCGGAAGUGCUACCUGAUUACCCGUUUAGUACUUUUAUAUUUUGUACGGAAAUUGCCGGUUGUAAUUACAGAUCCAUUGCCUUAAAUCGUCACAGUUACUAUUCCCUAAUUAGCUUUCCAGUCAAACAUCAGAGAAACUAAGUAGAUCUAUACAAAAUUCUAACAUGGCUCGAAUUGAUUUCUAGUUAAACAAAGAAGAAAAUCAAGCUCUGUAUAUUCUGCGACAAACAACGGUUGACGCGCGAGAGCAUUAUGGCGUCAAUUUUGACGUCAAAUUGCCGCAUGACGUCCGAUACAUUACUCCUCGCGUAAAUGAAGCUCAGUAUAAUAUUUAUUAAAAUAUAUCAAUGAGCAUGUAAGAAUGAAAACAAUCAAGGCCUUCUUGUGAUUUAUCGUCUAAUUUACCACGGUUCAUCGUUCAGAUGCUUCAGUAUUUAACCACUCGGGCUAACGCCCUCGUGGUUCAACUCCUACGCAUCUGAACUCUGAACCGUGGUAAAUCAGACGAUAAACCACUCGAAGGCCUUGAUUAUUUGUUAAAUAAAUUAUCAACGUAAUUACUUGUACUGUACGAAAGUAUGUACGAAAGUACAUAUUUGUACUAUUCUGCGUGAUAGAUUCAUAAGCUGUAUGUGUUAGUGAUAUUGUAUUUGAAAACAUAGGCCUAAAUAACAAAAUAAAAUUGUCCUUAAAUAGAUCUUUGUGCUUUUAUUUACAAUUUAAGUUUGUAGCAAUGCCGACAUUGAACAAAAUAUAAUGUCCUU